GCUGUUUGCAGUAUGGAUCUGAUCAGCUGACUUGCAAAUUGAAUUGUCGUCGUAGAACUUCUUCUUGGCGUGAACUUCUGAUGAGGAGUGUGUACUAAUUAUGCAAUUUUAUCAGUAAUUCAAAUUUAGAAAUGGAAAUAAUUACUUAGAACUACCUUUAUUCAACUCCAAUAUAAAUUGGAAAAUUGAUCUUCCUUCUUGUGAUAAUUGGGCGUUUGCCUGUAAAAUUUAACGUGUUAUUUCAAAUUGAAAGAGUACGUUAUUUCUUACAAAAACCAUGGCUGAUGAUAACUCUACAGAUAGAGGCGAUGGAACUGUUGCUGAAAAUCCAGAUCAGGAGGCAACAGCAGCUACAGGUAGGGAACAAUACCAGCCGACCAAACUGGAGUCGUUUCUGGCGAUUGCGAAGACGUUCAUCCUGCGAGGUCUGAUCAUCUACUUGAUAAUGGCGUUCCUGCGCCGACCUCAACAGCAAACAGAGCCGGGUGCGGCCGCACCUCCUCAGGCCUUCAAUAUAUUUGAGAACAGCUCCAUAAUGGAUAUGUACGUAUAUUUGUCAGAAGAUGAGAAAUUCCUGAAACACGACGAGAGUAAGCUUAUUUGGCAAAAGAACGGGUUAAUUUAUGGAGACUGGACUUCAGGGCAGAAUGGAGAUGGUACAUACAAUUUUGAAACAAAAUUCCAAGCAUCAGAGCACGUGCGUAACAACGGAUCUAUAUACCUCCACGUUUUUGUUGUGAAGAGAGACAAGUUGGGUAAAAACAGUGAAAAGGUGAAGUUGAGUGGGAAGUAUGUGACAAAAGCAACCAAACAACUCAACCGUUUCAAGAAACUCAAGUUUGUAAAAACUCAAAAUUUGCUAACUGGCGAGACUACGCUCACUCCCGAGGAGAUCAGGAAAGCUGAGACAAUGAAGCAAGAGAUUGUGUCCCACUGGCAUCCGAAUAUGACGAUCAAUUUGGUAACCGACUUCACUCCUUGGGUCCAGGGCAGCAUACCUCCGCCUCUCAAUGAGUAUUUCGAGUUCGUUGGCACGGGUGAGCAAUACAAACCACCAGUCUAUUUCAAUGAGUUCUGGAACAUGAUGCGUGAUUAUCAACCAAUCAACGCCAGUACUACGGAGUUGGAACUGAAACUGACCUAUCAGCCACUCUCUCUGCUGCGCUGGCAAGUGUAUUCUGCGCAGUCGCAGUCGUCGAGGAACAAAUGGGCGUCCGGCUUCUUCCAAGAGGAGACAGACGACGACGACCAAGACUCGAUCAAGGAGGCACUGCUGGACACGUCGCCCUAUCUCCUCGGCGCCACUGUCAUUGUCUCCAUUCUGCACAGUGUGUUCGAGCUGCUCGCUUUCAAAAACGAUAUCCAGUUUUGGAAUAACAGAAAAUCGUUGGAAGGUCUCUCAGUGCGAAUGGUGUUCUUCAAUGUGUUUCAAUCCGUUGUUAUUUUGCUGUACGUCUUUGAUAAUGAGACCAAUGUGAUUAUAAAAAUCAGUUGUCUAUUCAGUCUCGCCAUCGAAGUAUGGAAGAUCAAUAAGGUUAUUGACAUCAAAUUUGACAGAGAAAACGCUAUUAUGGGCUUCAUUCCCAAAAUAACAUUCACAGAUAAGGGUUCUUAUGUUGAAUCCAGCACUAAGGAAUACGAUCAACUCGCCUUCAAGUACUUAUCUUGGGCUCUGUACCCUUGUCUGCUCGGGUAUGCCGUUUACUCCCUGUUGUAUCAAGAGCACAAAGGCUGGUAUUCAUGGGUGCUCAACAUGCUUUAUGGAUUCCUGCUGACUUUUGGUUUUAUAAUGAUGACACCCCAACUAUUCAUCAACUACAAGUUGAAGUCUGUCGCCCAUCUUCCCUGGAGAAUGUUAUCCUACAAGUUCCUAAACACUUUCAUCGACGAUAUCUUCGCUUUUGUCAUCAAGAUGCCUACUAUGUACAGGCUAGGCUGCUUCAGAGAUGACAUAAUAUUCUUCAUCUUCCUCUACCAGCGAUGGAUCUACAAGACCGACCUGACCCGAGUGAACGAGUUUGGCUACUCGGGAGACAUGGAGGGGGAUUCCCCCUCCCCUCAACAGCCAGCAGUGGAGGGGGCGUCUGCCAACGGUGCGCCCAAAGCCAUCAUGGACAAGAAAAAAGAUUAAUGACGUCACAAAAGCAGCAACAUGGCCGCUCUAUCGACAGCAGUAUUGUGGCAAUCGUAUAUAGUCCGGCUUCUCUGAACGUGUUUCACAGCCUUUCUUUACAAUAUUAUGCUUAUCAAAAUAGAUUACACAAGCAACAAUCUAAAUAAUCCUGUUGUUGAAACUAAAUAAUCUCUAAAAUUUAUGAAAACAUAUAUUAUGUCGAAAUUGAAUGUUGUAGUUCUUGUUAUGCUUGGUGAAAGUUAGAUGAGAACAAAUAAUGGUUCAAUUGUGACUUUAAUAGCUGAUAAAAUGAUAUAGUACAAUGUUUUAUAACGAUUGAAGUUUUUGCUACUAUUCUUUGCAUUAUGCAAAAUAUUGAAUUAUAAUGCAUAUUAUGAUUAUGCAUACAUAUUGGAACGCCUGUGAAAAUAUAAUUGUACUAUGAAAUUAGCCAGUAAAUAGUAAUGUAGAAUAUAAUAUACAUAUUAUAUCUCAUAAACACUUUUUUCUGUUCUUAUUCUUACAUUAUUUCAAGUUGAUUAUUUCCAGUAACAAUUCAGUAUCUUGAAUCAAUAUUUCAAUUUAAGAAUUCACCUAUUAUCGUCAUGAGAGGUUUAAUCGGUUCCCUAAACUUCAACUGUUUUAAGUACAUGUAGUUCUAAUUAUAUAAAAAUUAAAACUUGAAGUAUCCUAUUUUCAACAUUCUUUUACUUCUCACUAUUUUAUGAGAACACAAGUAGCCCUUACCAAGAAAGUGAGUAGUUCCAAGUACAGUAUACAGUAUAUACAUAUUUCGAAUAAAUUUAAUUUCAUUUAAUUUGAAAGCAAUACUUUUAAACUAAUACCCCAUUAAAAUCCGUUGAACACUCGACAAGAACUAAUACAGGAAUUCUAGCAGAGCAAUUUUGAAUUCCAAAAUAAAUAAAACACAAUAUCUAACCUUUUCUCUGACAGAUUAAUAUUACAAUUUUUGAAAGGUGAAAAAUUAACUCGAUUGUAACAAACUAGGAAUAUUGCAAUAAUUAGUGUUUAAUAAGAUUUUGUACACGAUUUGAAGAUUUUAAUAAUCCAAUCUACGCACAUACAAAUUUUGUGAGUCUGAUUUUGGCAUUGAUAAAAUGAAUCUACUUUCACUGUCAUCUCUUGUAUAAUUCACUGACCACAUCAAAAAUGUUCUUGAUUUAUAUUUUGUCCAAAAUUAAAAGAUUGAGAAUUCUUUUAGUUCCAUUGAUUCAAGCUCGAUAAUAAAACAGAUUAUUAAAUAUUUUGUCUUUCUGUUAUAAUCUACUGUAGAUUAUAAUAUAUUUCAUAAGAUUAUUCCUUAUGAAGAAUCAUUAAGUCUUGAUAAUUCCAUAAUCUAAUUAUUACUAUAGUAGAAGUUAAUGAUAAAUAUAAUAUUUGAUAUUAUUUGUGCAUUUUAACAGGUGCGUUAUUCAUUCACUCGAAAUUUGUUCUCUUACUACUUACUAGGUUUAUUUUCAAAGAUUUAUUUUGAGCACAAUGUUUUCAAUUUUCAUUCAUUUGUUUCUGUGGUAGCUAUUAUCUAUUUUUAUAUGAAAGCAUUAUAUUCUUUAAUUACUUAUCUGAUUUCAUGCAUAUUCAAUUCAACAUUCGAGCUACAAAAUGUAUUAUAUUUUUUAAUAAUAUAUUAAUUUCACAGAAGUUUUCCGUGUAUUAAGAUGACACUUGAAAAAUCAUUAUUCAAGUCUGAUGAAUUUGCUUGUCUGAUUAUUAUCAAUGCUCGAAUAUUCACUUUUUUGUAUUGCAAUAUUAUUGGUUUUCUCGUCUUCAACUUGCAUGUAGCUAUUUGUACUUAAUCAAGGCUUGAUUACAUACAUACAGUUUUUUCAACAUUUCCAAUGUUGAUUUCAUUGAAAAAGAUAUUAUUUUAUUUCAUUGUUUUUACAGGGUGUCAUAGCUAUCAUACUUUUGUUGUGGGUUCUGAAUUAGAGUCCUAUGAUUACUUUCAUUAAUGAUCAUCCAAAUUUGUGAUGAAUUUCGUAUUUUCACAAGAAAACAAUUGAAAUGUUUUUUCUUUGUAACGGUAAUGAAACUGAAAGAAGUGAAAUUUAUUGUUUAAUUGUUUUUUCAAAUGUCCAUUGCCGACUUGUCAUUGUGUUUAGUGUUCUUCAAUUAAUACGAAUCACCCCUGAUAUGAUACCUGAUUUAUUCUCCUGAAUUUCAUUCAACUAACUGUUUCAAAUAGAAUUUUAAGAAAACAUUUGUUAGGAGAGGUGAAGCUGCAUUUAGUUUGGUUACUUUUUAUUGAAAAAUACUCUUCAAUUUGAUAUAUUUUUAGUUUGGAAUCACUCAAAGUAAGACUGUGGUGACUUCAUUUGUUUAGUAGUUGAAAUAUCUGUUUUGUUAGGUUGUAAAAUUAAGUAAUAUUAGAUUUAUAUCAGUUCAUUUAAAAUGGACUGAGUUUGUGUAGCUACUCCAGUUUUACUGGGGAAUUGUUUUUACCAAAUAUCAUGUACUGUUCUAAGCAAAAAAUAAAUGUUUAUCUACUGGA